AUGGUCAACGUCGCAAUCGCUGGUGGCACGGGCGGUGUCGGUCGCGCCAUCGUCGAAGCCAUUAAAAAUGACCCGAGACACACUGCAGUCGUGUUAUCCCGCAAGUCUACGGGCGCAGAGGAUCUCGGACUGCCCAUCGUCGAGGUCGACUACGAAAGCGUCGAUAGCCUCACUGAGGUCUUGGAAAAGCACAAUAUCAACACGGUCAUCUCUACGCUCGCUCUCCAUAUCCACGGUGUAGGAGAGGCCCAGCUCAAACUCAUCAGGGCGGCCGAUAAGUCGUCAGUCACGAAGCGUUUCGUGGCCAGUUCAUGGGCUGUCCGAGCUGCCGAGCACUAUGUCAAGAUGCUGCCUCAUGGAUACCAGCAUGUAGCCGCCUACGCAGAACUCGAGAAGACCAACCUGGAGUGGACCGCCUUCAACAUCGGGUGGUUCUUGGAGUACUUCGGCAUGCCGCACGUCAAGACAUAUAUCCAGCAAACUACUUUCGUGGUCGACAUGGCUGGCAAGAGUGCUUCGAUUCCGGGUGAUGGCAAGCAGAAGAUGACCUUUACAUACUCUCUUGAUGUCGCCAAGUUCGUCAUCGCAGCGCUCGACCUACCGAAAUGGGACCGGGACACUAUCGUCAUUGGAGACAAGAUGACUUGGGAGGAAUUUGUGAAGCUCGCUGAAGAGGCUCGAGGCGAAAAGUUCACCGUCACGUACGACAGCGUGGAGAAGCUGAAGAGUGGCGAAAUCACCGAACUGCCAGGUCAGGUCGCUGCUUACUCGUAUUUCCCUAAGAAGUGGGUGCAGGGCCUGUUCUCGGUCUUUGGAUACUGGGUCACGGAAAGCGUCUUCGAUUUCCCCGAUGAAAAGGCCCUGAACAAGAAGUUCCCGGACAUCAAGGUCACCACUGUGAAGGAGAUGCUGAGCCAUUGGAAGGGGAAAUAG